AUGGCUAACGCUUCACUGAUAUUGUUCGUGUCUUUGGCCGUUCUUACGGCAGCAAAACCAUUCAACGGUCUCGCCGAUACCUACGAACGAUUUGUGGAAAAUUCUCAACCCAGGGGAAUUCAAUCCAGGUUGCCAUCGGAAUACCAGCAACUGUACGAUCGUAUUCCUGAGGUUUAUUCGCGCCAACAGUAUCCACGUGUGCUGUACCAACCGUUUGCCAGAAUUCCCGAGGAGCUGUACAAUGGAGAUAUUCUCCAACGUCAACCAACCGCAGAUCGUGAAGCUAGUAUCUUGAUUCACAAGGAACGCUUGCAGGAAGAAGAUGUCAGCCCGGAAGAGAAAAAUUUGGCGCCAGAGAAACCAUCACUCGAGGAUCAGCUUGAGAAGGAGGCUCCCAAUCGUGAACAGCCGGAGGAGCUCGCAGAAGAGCCCCAGCAACGUCCCGAUGAUGAGAAGGAGCAACCGAAAGACGAUAAACACGAGGAUAACCCUGAACCUGAACACAAGCCGCAACCCAAACCGAACCCUAAACCCGAGAAACCACGAAAGGAAGGAGGCCGACCCCAUGGAAAACCAGAAAAGAAGCAGGGCAAGGGACGCCCAUUCGGUCCGAGACGUCCACUAAAGGAGCCAGAGCAGAAAGAUCUUGCGAUCGAUGCAAAACCAUCGGCUGCCAAUCCGAAACCGGACACUCCGUUGGUGCAGAUUAACGUUCAAGUUGCUUCUUUGUGA